AUUUUCCACUUUUGUGACCUCUGCACUCAGGAAGGGUGUGUGGGUGCUUUAACCUCUUUCUCUCUGUGCUAGGUGUGUAAUGCCUCGUCUGUCCCUCUUAUAUUCACCCCCCAUCUGUUAUGAGAUGCACCAAUCAGACUGAGAUAUGUAUCUUGUUUCUAUGUGAUACAUUUACAGCCAAAGUUCAUUAUUCAGACUGCUGUUUAGUACAGUAAACUUAUUUUACAUCCAUCAUGUGGCUCCCCCUGCUGGUGCUGGUUGUACUGAUCUUCUUGUACAGACAGAACAGAUACAGACAGAUCCUGAAGAAUCUCACAGAUAAAUAUGUGCUGAUCACUGGCUGUGACUCUGGGUUUGGAAACCUGCUGGCAAGACAGCUGGACAAACGUGGGAUCCAUGUGCUGGCUGCUUGUCUGACUGAUAAAGGGGCCCAGGAUCUGAAGAAAGAGACUUCCAGCAGGCUGCAAACAGUUAUCCUUGAUGUCACAGAUAGUAAGAGCGUAUGCUCUGUUGCCAAUUGGGUCUCUGGUAUUGUUGGGAACAAAGGACUCUGGGGCCUGGUGAAUAAUGCAGGUGUUUCAGUCCCAAGUGCGCCUAACGAAUGGCUGACAAAGGAGGAUUUUUUGAAAAUUCUAAAUGUGAACCUUUUGGGAGUUAUUGAUGUUACAAUCAAACUGUUGCCUCAAGUUCGCAAAGCAAAAGGGCGAGUAGUGAAUGUUGCCAGCAUCGCCGGCAGGCUGACAUUCUGUGGAGGAGGAUACUGCAUGUCUAAAUAUGGGGUGGAAUCAUUCUCUGAUAGCCUCCGGCAUGAAAUGGCCCCAUUUGGUGUGAAGGUGUGCAUGGUGGAACCAGGUUUCUUUAAAACACAAGUCACUGAUGCAAGGUUACAGAAAGAGCAUUUGCAGAAGAUCUGGCAUGGGCUUCCGGAGGAAAUACGGAAGAGUUAUGGACAGCAGUACUAUGACAAAUAUUGCAGCAAUGUUGAUCUUAGCCUGGCAAGAUCUAACCCAAAGCUUCACCUGGUUACAGACUGUAUGGAGCAUGCUCUGACUGCUGAGUGUCCCAAGACACGCUACACUGCUGGCUUGGAUGCAAAACUGCUCUACAUUCCUCUCUCUUAUUUACCUGCUGCUUUUGUAGACUUUAUUAUUAGUAUUGCUCAGCCAUCACCAGCACAAAGUGUCUCAUAGGAAUUUUGUGCUUUCUGAAAGACCUUGGGGUACUACGCUUUCUAUUUAAAGGGGACCUGUCACCCCAAGAAAUAAUUCCAAGUUAUUUUCUAGUCAGGCAAAAUAAACUUACUUACACUAUAUUAAUUAAAUAAAUCUUGUUUCCUGAAGUCUUGGAAUUCACAGCAAGCAGGUAGGUGACAUUUUGUAUCACCCCAAAAUGUUGUGCAUGUGCCAGAAUGGGGGAGCUGAUGCUCAUGCACUGGCUACACAAUUAUAGAUAGUGAGGAGGGAGAGGGAAAGUGAGGAGUGCAGUGACAUCUAGGAAGUGCUGAUUAGAAAGUGAAAGUAACUGUCUGCCCCUUCUCUAUAUUAGUUUAAAAUGGGUAUGGAUGUUUUAAUGUAAACAAAAAGGAUUUGGGUUUCAUGUUUGCAAAGAACUUUCAUUAUACAGCUUUUUUUAUGUCUGGGUAACAGGUCCCCUUUAAUAAAUAUAACAUAUACAGUUUAACAGAGAGUAGGUUCACAGAUGAUAUCUAAUAAAAAUGAGUUUUGCAUUGUUGCUAUAUA